AUGGCAAUUCAAUACCCUAAUGUGGGCCAAGAUAAAGGACCCGAAAACGCUGAGAGGAUGUCCUCAACGGCAGACUCUAUCGAGUCCACUUCUACGGUAGACAUACAGACCACCUACGAUGCGAUAGGAAAGACAUUGACAGCUCGUCCCUCGCAUAUGUCACUGGCAGAGCGUGUCACGACGAUCCCAACCAAUGCCACCGCCGACCCCGAAUAUGAGGUCGACUGGGAUGGCGAAGAUGACCCCGAGAACCCCAAGAAUUGGAAUUUCAAGUAUAAGUCCAUGGGCAUCUUGUUUCUAUCAUGGAACACUCUCAUAGUCGUGUUAUAUUCAACUUCUUAUACAUCAGGCAUUGCAUUAAUGGGCGAGGAAUUCGGCGAAUCCCAGACUAUCGUCACCCUUGGCUUGACCUUCUACUUGUUUGGUCUUGCCAUCGGGUCCAUGUUCAUGGCCCCGUUGAGCGAGGUCUAUGGACGGAAGCCUGUCUGUGUGGCUUGUCUAACCGUGUUCACAAUCCUGAUCAUCCCCUGCGCUCUGGCAAAAUCCGUCACGGCACUGAUCGUCGUUCGAUUUAUUGCUGCUUUCUUCGGUAGUGUCAUGAUCUCUACCGCACCAGGUAUGGUGGCCGAUUUGGUGGAUGAUGAACACCGUGCUCUGGCGAUCUCUGUUUGGAGUAUUGGCCCACUCAAUGGACCAGUCAUCGGUCCUGUUAUCGGAGGCUUCGUCACUCAAUAUCUUGGCUGGCGUUGGAUGUGCUGGAUCGCGCUCAUUCUCUCCGCUGUUGCCUUGGUCUUUGCUAUCAUCCUCAAGGAAACUUACGCACCAACCCUUCUCCAAAAGAAAGCAGCCAGACUCCGCAAGGAGACCGGCGAGUCCCGCUGGUGGAGUCGAUACGACCAGAAGGCGAGCCUUCCCGAGAUCCUCAAGCUGAACCUCAGUCGGCCAUUUGUCAUGGCAGUCACCGAACCAAUCUGCAUCUUCUGGAACAUCUACAUCGCAAUCAUCUACGGCAUCCUAUACCUCUGCUUCGUAGCCUAUCCAAUUGUCUUCCGUGACAUCCGCGGAUGGCAACUGGGCAUAUCUGGGCUCGCCUUCAUAGGCAUCGGUAUCGGUGUUGUCCUCACAAUCGCCUGCGAGCCCUUUAUCCGGCGGUUAAUCAACAGCCACGCCAAGGACCCCGAAACCGGAAAACCAUACCCAGAAGCAAUGGUCUCGUUCGUCUGCAUCUGCGCGGCCAUGAUCCCAGUCGGUGAGCUCUGGUUCGCAUGGACUUGCUCCCCAGCCUCGAUCCACUGGAUUGUGCCCUUGCUCGCGGGUAUCCCAUUCGGCGCGGGAAACACUGGUGUCUUCAUCUAUGCGUCUAACUACCUGACUCAAAGCUACGGUAUGUAUGCUGCUUCUGCUUUGGCAGGUAACUCGGUUAUUCGGAGUAUUCUCGGUGGUGUUCUGCCACUUGCUGGCGCUUCUAUGUAUGCCAGUCUGGGGCCGAAUUGGGCGGGCACUCUGCUGGGGGUGCUCGAGGUUGUGAUUGUGCCGAUUCCGUUUGUGUUCUAUAAGUAUGGACAUAAGAUUCGCAUAAAGAGUCCCCUAAUUCUGCGUAUGCAGGAGGAAAAGACGAAACUGGAGGGGAAGCGGGCUAAGAGACAGCUUCAGCUUCAGCAGGCGAAUCGGCUGGACGAGGAGAAGGCGGGAGUGGUUUAG